UGCGGCCCAAUGGGGAGCCUCGCUUCGCGUCACGUGCCUAGCGGCAUACCAUGCGUGCUUUCGGCCAACGGAAUGCUGUUUUUGUCUGUGUUGUUCAGCAGCGCUCCUCCGACGAAGCACGGUGCCGCUUGUGCCGCGGAUCGAAGCAGCGGCGGCGUAGCUCCUUCGUGAAAUCUCGGUGAAACCAGGGGCCCAGACUCGCUCACGAUGCUGCGCACCGUCCCCGACAAGUCUCCGCCGGCGUGCCCCCCACGCAAGCGUGCACUGCCUCCGGGGCUGGCCACGCCCCCGUGCGCCCCGAAGCAGCUGCGGCGCUCGGACGAGCAGCCCCUGGACAUGAGCCAGCGGGCGGCGGUGCCUCAGGCGCGCCCCUCGGUCAUCACCUGCGCCGCCCGCUGCCGGACGGGCGCCUCCGCCCGGGACACGGACCCCAUCGUAGAGGCCCACUUCCGGCGCUCCCUGGGCAGCCAGUACGCCGCCCUCUUCGCCACCCCUUCCGCCGCCUCCGAGGCCUCCGUCACGGCCACAUGCCUCCACUCCGUGACACCAACCUUCACCACUUGGCAGAGCGUGCGUGCGUCGAGCUUCACCGCAUUGCAGCUACGUAGUAGGAGAAGUGGCUUACGGAGGGGAACAGCCAUGGUGGACGACCACUUUGCCAAGGCGCUGGGGGACACCUGGCGGCGCCUGCAGGACCAGGAGCCGCAGGGGGUCACUUCCUGAAGAACUCCCCGGGGGUCCUCCGCUCACCCCCCCUCCCCAAAGCGCAGUCUCUGCAGACGACCGCACGGACGGCCCCUUGAGGUCAUGCCAUGGAGCACGACCCCUGUUGGGCCACAAAGAACCGGAGCACCUGGACGCACGUCAUCCAAGUGGUAGCGCGGACGGGAAAGUGACUCGGGUGGUGUUGGUGCUGCGACGGCGUUUCGGGAACGUCGACUGCACCCAACUGCGCUCCUCUGCUCUUUCCUGCACCCCCAACAGCCGACACCCUACGGCAUCCUCACCAAACUUGAGUGUCGGGCGUGUCUCGGCCCAAGACUGGAAGCCGGCUCCAUAAAUGAACCUCCAUUCAUGCAGCCAGCACAGUAAACGUGGAGUGUCUUGUGUGUGAUAGCACCCCCGACCUGCGUAACACGUGGUGUUGCGUCCAUCGCUGCAAAGGCUGCUAGACUUGCACCUAUUAUCCUUGGCUGGGAAGCCCUGGUGCAUCUGUGCAGAAUGGCAGCAAGUUCGUCGGGGAGGCAGUUGGAAACAAUGCCUCCUUGUGGUUGAGGGUAGCGGAAAGCUAGACGAUUUGUUUGGGAACGAAAAAAACUAGGUGCGGUCUUAAAAAGGCUGCCUGAACCCCUAGUUUCAGAUAUGCCUUACAGUUUGAACUAAAAGUGCGCGAACAUAAAAGUUUUGACUGAAUCGAAUAUAAAUAUUAAAAUUCAACUCCAAAUAAAAUUGGAAAAUUUGAGAAUAGCAUUAUUUUGAAUUUAAUUGGAAUUGAGGCUGGAUUUGGAUACUUUAAAGCAGGGGUUCUCAAACGCCUCACGGAACCCCAGGAAGCCUCAAAAACUGCCGCGGAACCCCUCCCUCCCCCCCUCCAUAUUUACCAACCGAGAGGCAACAGAUGCGUAAUUGUAGGCAGUUUUGCUUCUGUUGCUUCUUAUAUAUCCCCACUAUAUCUAUCGCAAUGUCAGUACAAAGUGAGAUGAAGGUGCUUUGCAUGGUCCUGUCGCGCAGCCUGCGGCAUGGGGGGGGGGUUGCAAUUUGGGUGUUCGUGGAACCCAUGAGACCAGCUUGUGGAACCCUUGUGUUCCCCGGAACCCAGUUUGAGAACCCCUGCUUUAAAGGACACAUGCAAAAAAAAAUACAUUAUUUUUUAAACAUCCUAGUUGGGUAAAGGAAGUCAUAAAACGAAUUUACAACGAAAAAUAAAAAUUUUUAGAGCUGUAUUAACGGUACUAUAUGAAUUUGUAGUUGGCGCCCACGGGUGCUGCGGGAAAGUGGCCGCUAUUUGUCACGGCGGACUUGCGCUCUUUUGGAAGCUUCCUAUGGUCUCUAAAAGUUACUUAUUCAUCUUUGUUUCAAGUGCAACAAAAAACUAAGAAUAAUAAGUAACUUUUAGAGUCCAAUGGAAUCUCCUGAAAAAGCGCAAGCAGACGUAAUAAGCCUGUGUGCCGCGGAGCAGACAAACUUGCGCGGCGGCGGCGUGGAGAAAGGCGUUGAAACGGCGGCGCACCACACUCGGCGUGCAGUGGCAGCGGCACCGCGUGAUGGCACACAAGUCUACCACGUGACCGCAGUGGCUCCUGCGGAUGCUAACUAUAAAUUCGUCUUGUGCCGUAAAUAUAGCUCUAAAAUUUUUCUUCUUCGUUGUAAACUCUUUUUAUAACAUUCUUUUGCCAUCUAGGCUGUUUAAAAAAAAAAGUUUUUUUCCUUUCCAUAUUUGCUUUAAGAAGAAAAGACCCAAACAAGAUGAGUUGGGUAAAACAGUUUAGCAUUGCACGCAAAGCAAUGACUAGCUUUUUCAUUUCAAUAUAGCUCGAGGUUUUCGUUUCUGGUACUGUCUUUUAAGGUGGGCUCAAACUGUAAUGAAAUCCAAAGGCUGACGAGCAGAUAUCGGAGACCAUCGAGCGAACCAAGAUACUCUUGCACGUCGGCCGAUUUUCCUAACACACCACAGAAAACGGUGAAGCUUGAUGCAUGCACCGACAUGUGAAACCUGACGUGGAAAAUCGAAGAAGAAUUCUGAAGACAUUAUUCGUAAUUUUCGAUUACUCGUAAAAGCGUGCUGCGAACUGAACUGGAUAGCUAGCUUUACUCCCAAAUAUUCAUAGUUGCGAAUAUUCACACAUCUUUAGUUCAAACUACUUGGUAAGCCAGAGUAGGGCACUCGUUGCUUUUCUUCUGAUGUGAGCAGCGUGUGGAAUGCAGGAAAAGCUGUGCGAGUUACGACAAUGUUUGUGCUUGUGGACGUGUCUUCUGCUACCUUCUCUUGUAUUUCAUUAUGGGUAGUGUAAGGGUCCACAUACUCUCAGUUUGGUGGGAUGACACCUAUGGAUUAGAAAACAGCCCAGCUGGGGGCAGUGUAGGAGCCUUGCAGGCUGUUCUCUGGAUGCGAUUCUGUCUUCAUAACCCUUUUGUAAUUUAUUUCUCUUCCACACGAAUUAACACUUGCAUUGUCCUCCGGCAGAUGAGGUGCCGACACAGGAACACUGUAAACCUGUACCAGAGAAUCUUGUGUCGGUAGUUUGUGUGGUGUUUCCUUGUACAGUAAUGUAAUAAAAGUGCAAUCAGAUUGA